AUGCCUCCCAGGAGAAGAAAUGUUAAUGAUGUCCAUGAGCAGGAUCUGGAGGAGCGAAUUACAAAAAGAUUGAAGGGGCGAUUGGAGGAGCAGUUGGAUCAAUUUGCUGAUGAUUUGAUUAAUCAGAUGAAUGCCUUGAUGAAUCAAAGAGGGCGUCAUAAUCGUAAUUAUCAUGAAGAAGAGGAUGAAAAUCUGUUUGGUGGUGGUAGUGACUGUUCAUUUUCUGAUGAAGAUCCACAGCCAAAUCAACGGGGUAAUAACAACCGUUGGGAGUUUGGAAUAAGGACCACUAUUCCUGAGUUUGAUGGUGAUACUUUGAGCCCAGAAAUUUUCAUUUAUUGGCUUGCUGUUGUUGAAGAAGUUUUCGAAUUCAAGGGGGUUCCAGAAGACAAGAAAGUUUCACUAAUUGCUACUAGGCUUUGUGGCAGGGCAUCUGCUUGGUGGCAACAAUUGAAACUUACACGAAUGAGGGUUGGAAAGUCAAAAGUCAGAACCUGGGAGAAGAUGAAGAAGUGUAUGAGAGCCGACUUUAUUCCUCAUAAUUAUCAACGUUUAAUGUACCAGUGGUUGCAGAAUCUGAAACAGGGUUCUAAAUCUGUUGAAGAUUACACUACUGAAUUCUAUCAGUUAAUUGCAAGAAAUGAUAUUCAAGAGACAGAAGAACAGCUUGUCUCUCGUUACAUUGGAGGGUUGAGGGUCCAGAUUAUGGAAUUUGUUAACAUGUUUGAUCCUGUAAAACUUUCUGAAGCACAUCAACGUGCCCUAGCAUAUGAGAAACAAAACCGACGGGUUGGUGGUUCAUCUUCUGCCAUGACGGGGGGAAGUUCAGUUUCAAAAGGGGCAAGUUCUAGCGGCUUGAAAUGCUUUAAUUGUGGUGAAUCUGGUCACCGUCAGUCAGAAUGCAAAAAGCCUGGCAAGAGACACUUGUUUGUUGAUCCGGAUGACGGGGGAGAUGAUGAGGAGGCCAAUGGAGACUAUGAAGAGGCCCCAGUGUUUGAUGAAGAGCCCGAAUGUGAUGAAGAAGAGGUGGCUGGAGAUGUGGGAGUGAAUUUGGUGGUUAGAAGAUCGUGCUAUACACCAAAGGCUAAUGAAGAUGACUGGCUUAAACAUAACAUCUUCCAUUCAACAUGUACCGUGUUGGGGAAGGUUUGCUCCUUUGUUGUUGAUCCAGGAAGUUGUGACAACUUGGUUUCCGACGAGGCUGUCAAGAAGUUGGCCUUGAAAACAGAAAACCACCCUAAGCCAUACAAGCUUCAGUGGCUUAAGAAAGGAGGCGAGGAUGAUGUAUGGUGCGACGUAGUUCCCAUGGAUGCAUGUCAUUUGUUGUUGGGUAGACCUUGGGAGUAUGAUUGUGAUGUAGAACAUAUUGGGCGAAAAAAUACUUAUAGUUUCCUGUUUAAUAAUGUGAAGAUCACUUUGUUGCCUAGUAAACCUAAGGUUGUAGCCACCAAACCCACUGGCACCCUAUUGACUCGUUCUCAGUUUGAGGAUGAGUUGGAGGAGGAUGAUGAUAUUUAUGUGUUGAUAGGAAAAUGUUAG